CUCCUACACUCUGCUCAGCAUGUCAGACGCUUCUCCCACCGGAGAGACCUUCCUCGUCAUUGGAGGCACUGGCUUCCUCGGCCACAACAUCGCCUCCGCCCUCCUCUCACGUGGAGAGUCCAAUGUGCACAUCCUCGACCUCCGCUCAGCACCUUCCCACAUGCUACUGGAGAAGGCCACGUAUCACACCGGAGACAUCACCAACGUCGAUGACCUCAACAAGGUGUUUUCAGAGGUCCACCCAAGAGUCGUAUUCCACACUGCUUCUCCCCUGCCAGGCGUGUCGAAGGAGUUGAUGGAAAAGGUCAAUGUUGGGGGAACUGAGAAUGUGGUAGAGGCUUGCAAGAAGAACAAUGUCCGCAAGCUCGUGUUCACCUCGAGUGCUAGCGUAGUCUUCAAUGGCCAACCGCUCAGGUACGGAGAUGAGAGACUGCCCUACCCGGACCGGGUGAUCGACCCAUACAGUGACACAAAGGCUAAAGGCGAGAAGCUGGUGUUGGAGGCGAAUACCCCUGACGACGAGGAGACCGGUGUGCCCGCCGAGGGCCUCAGGACAGUUUCUAUCCGUCCAUCAGGUAUCUUUGGCCCGAAUGACCGACAGGCUGUUCCUGGAUUGAUGAACACGCUUACCUCUGGCAAGCACAAGUACCAGCUGGGUAACGGAGAGAACCUCUUCGACUGGACAUACGUGGACAACAUCACUCAUGCCCACCUACUAGCUUCCGACAAGCUCGAAAGCAAGGGCUACGAUGUGAGGCUCCUGGGCGCCGUUCAUCUACCUCGAGCCCUGGGCGAAGAGGAGCGGCCCGAACGAGGUGUCCCGACCAGUGAGGAGAGGCAGGACGUGUCAGGCGCAAAGGACUAUGCUCGUGACCUUCCUACGACCCUGUCGAAGGAGACAUUAGAAGAGAACCUCAACGUGCGACCAGUGGUACGCAACAAGUACGACCAAUUCUUUUACCUUGUGCACCCGGACAUUGCUUCCCCUGGCUCGCCGAUCCCCGAGGUACCGCUGGCAACCGAGUUCAUCCCAGUGGCAGGAGAAGCCUUCUUCAUCACCAACGGCCAGCCAGUGCCCUUUUGGUCAUUUGCCAGGGCGCUCUGGAAGGAAGCCUCCCCAGCAUAUGCCGCUAGCGAUGCGAAGCCGUGGACCAUCCCAAAGGAGAUGGCACUCUCUCUGGCUACCUAUGCAGAGUUGUACUCGAGACUCACCGGCAAGGAGGUUGCGCUGACGGUGCUCAAGACCAUUUUUGCUACCACGACGAGGUACUACAACAUUGAAAAGGCGAGGAGAGUGCUGGGAUAUGAGCCAAAGGUAGGGCUGCAGGAGGGGGUAAAGAGGAGUGCCCAG